CACAGUGGUCUGAGGGAGAGAAGACACCCAGCCAUGGCUCGGGCCGCCCUCACCGCCGGCCUGCUGCUGCUACUCUGUGGUGCUGCGUUCGCCAAGCACUGCGUGGUGGGACAGGCUCGCGAGGCUACCGAUGAUGACUUCGAGGACCCCAAUCAGCUGUACACAUGUGCAGAGGACCGUCGCUGCUGCACCGAGGACGCCAAACCCUCCUGCUGCGGCGACAUGGACGAACACGAGGAGAUCAUGCGACAGGUGAAGCUCUGGGGCGGCGUGAUCGGCGUGAUCGUGCUGUUCGGCCUGCUGAUGUGGUACGCCCGCUGGGACGGCCAGUGCUGCGAUGAGGACACCAAGUGCUGCGGCUGCUGCUGCCGGCGCAAGGACAAGCACCGGGGCAACCAGAGGGCGCAGAACAUGGGCGCUCCUCCAGGCAUCGGAGGAAACAUGUCCAAGUCUGACUCGUCCAAGGACCUGCUGAUGCACGAGCAGGAGACCUACAGGCGUUAGUGGGAUCCGGACCAUCCGGACCAACAGACCAUCUGGAUUCUGGACCGGACCACCGACCUGCCAGGCCGGACUACAGAGUUACAGACCAUCUGGACCGGACCCAACCGGAACAAGCUGGGACAAUCAGUAACAACCGGCUGCAACUCGAGGAACUUCACCAGAGGAUGUAGGAAGGGGUUUAGUUUUACGGGUUUUGCAGGUGAUUCAUACGCAACCUCGCGGAAGGGCAAGAUUUUUGGAAGUGAUGAAUUGGUGAAGUUGAAGCAAGCAUCCGUGCAAUGAUACACUGCAUUGACGAAUCCAUCCCGGUGGAAACAGCUGAAGUAAGCACGUUCCAUGGCCUAUAAAUUCAGGAGCCAUUUCACCUUAUGUAUCUUUUUCUUCAAAAAGCGCAAGCGCCGGAACGUCACAGAAGUCGCUGUGCUUGGCGAAGGCGAGGCCGUUCCCAUUCAAAACAUCAAACGCUAAAACUCAACGCCCUGUCCUUUUGAGGCAAACACGUAAUUCGGAAGUGAAGCGCGCGUUUUGUACACGUCUUUUGUGAGCUUACGUGUUUUUUUUUUUCAAUUUCAAGCCUCCACUACGCUAGUCACUCGCGUCUGCUGUUCGAAAGGCGUUUGAGAGCCUUGCUCAUGCACAGGUCAAACUGAACAUUGAACAAUCAGUGUCGCCUAUCAGCAGAACGAAAAUAACUACUUGAAUCAAAGCUACCUGAACCUUUUGA